GCCGCGCGGCGGGCGGGCUGCUGUGUCGUGUGAGCUUCCGCGCGGGUGGGUCCCAGGCCUCGCGCGGCGGUUUCCACGGGCUCAGACCCUUUCGGUCCUUCUCCCCGCGUGUGGGUUCCGGGUCCCCGCGGGGCGGCGCUGCAGGCGGACGCGCCGGAAGGUGAAGAAUUGAAUGUCACCAUGUCUGGAAUCAAGCGAACAAUCAAAGAAACGGACCCUGAUUAUGAGGACGUAUCUGUGUCCCUUCCAAAUAAGCGGCAUAAAGCAAUUGAGAGUUCAGCUCGAGAUGCAGCUGUGCAGAAAAUUGAGACUAUUAUUAAGGAGCAGUUUGCUCUUGAAAUGAAGAAUAAGGAACAUGAGAUCGACGUCAUUGACCAGCGACUGAUAGAAGCCAGGAGGAUGAUGGAUAAACUCCGAGCCUGCAUCGUAGCGAACUAUUAUGCUUCUGCCGGUCUUCUGAAGUUGUCUGAGGGAUUAAAAACAUUUGAUCCGAUGGCUUUUAACCACCCUGCUAUCAAGAAAUUUUUAGAAUCACCUUCUAGGUCUUCAUCUCCUACCAAUCAGAGAUCAGAAACACCAUCUGCCAAUCAUUCUGAAAGUGACUCUUUAUCUCAACACAAUGACUUCCUGUCUGACAAAGACAAUAACAGCAAUAUGGAUGUGGAGGAAAGACUCUCAGGCACCGGGGAGCAGAGACCGAGCCGGACCACAGGAAGGGACAAUUCUAGUAUUAGUGGACCCCAUAAAAGAGAACUGCGGAAUGCUGACCUCACAGGAGAUGAGACUUCCCGGCUGUUUGUAAAGAAAACAAUAGUAGUAGGCAACGUGUCCAAGUACAUACCUCCAGAUAAGCGAGAAGAAAAUGACCAGUCAACCCAUAAGUGGAUGGUGUAUGUCCGAGGGUCCCGCAGAGAACCCAGCAUUAAUCACUUUGUCAAGAAAGUUUGGUUCUUUCUUCAUCCUAGCUAUAAACCAAAUGACCUUGUGGAGGUUAGAGAGCCCCCUUUUCAUCUGACUAGAAGAGGUUGGGGUGAGUUUCCCGUCAGAGUGCAAGUUCACUUUAAGGACAGCCAGAACAAGCGGAUAGACGUCAUACACAACCUGAAGCUGGAUAGAACCUACACUGGCUUACAGACCCUGGGUGCGGAGACGGUGGUAGAUGUGGAGCUUCAUCGGCAUUCCCUUGGCGAAGACUAUGUCUAUCCGCAGUCGUCCGAGUCAGACGUGUCUGAUGCCCCUCCUCCAUCUCUGACCAUUCCAGCCCCGGUGAAAGCCUCACCAGUGGCACGGUCCCCUGAGCCCGCCUCUGCUGCCCCUAUGGGAGAAGGCUUCCCAGACAACCCUGAGGCUGAGAGGCACGGCACAUUUUACUCCUUACCAUCUUCACUGGAAAGAACACCCACAAAAGUGACAGCGGCACAGAAAGUUACCUUUUGUUCACAUGGCAAUUCUGCUUUCCAACCAAUCGCGUCAAGCUGCAAAAUCGUGCCACAAAGUCAGGUGCCUAAUCCUGAGUCACCAGGAAAGUCCUUUCAGCCCAUCACCAUGAGCUGUAAGAUCGUCUCAGGUUCUCCAAUAUCAACUCCAAGUCCAUCACCAUUGCCUCGCACUCCAACCUCCACUCCAGUGCAUCUGAGGCAAGGCUCUGCCAAUUCUGGAAUAAGCAACCCUCAUGUGAUUGUGGAUAAGCCUGGGCAGGUUAUUGGCACCGCCACUUCGAGUACAGGAAGUCCUACAAGCAAGCUCCCAGUGGCCUCUCAGGCUUCCCAAGGAACAGGGUCCCCUAUUCCUAAAAUUCAUGGAAGUAGUUUUUUAACAUCUACUGUCAAGCAGGAGGAUUCUUUAUUUGCAUCUAUGCCACCUCUCUGCCCAAUUGGUAGUCACCCUAAAGUGCAAAGCCCUAAAGCUGUGACUGGAGGACUUGGAGCCUUCACAAAGGUGAUCAUCAAACAGGAACCUGGGGAAGCUCCUCACGUGUCCACAGCAGGAGCUGCCAACCAGUCAUCAUUCCCUCAAUAUGUGACUGUGAAAGGGGGUCACAUGAUAGCUGUGUCCCCUCAAAAACAGGUCAUAAGUGCUGGAGAAGGGACAACUCAGCCACCAAAGAUUCCACCCUCCAAGGUUGUUGGUGUGCCUGUUGGCUCUGCCUUACCUUCCACAGUGAAGCAGGCUGUAGCCAUCAGUAGUGGCCAAAUCCUUGUCGCCAAGGCCAGCUCUUCUGUCACCAAAGCAGUUGGUCCAAAGCAAGUUGUGACCCAAGGAGUUGCCAAAGCAAUCGUGAGUGGAGGUGGAGGGACCAUUGUUGCUCAGCCAGUACAGACCUUAACCAAGACUCAGGUCUCCGCCACUGGGCCACAGAAGGCCAGCUCCCAGUGCUCAGUAAUGGCAACCUUUCAACUACCAGCCACUAAUUUGCCCAACUUGGCUAAUUUGCCUCCGGGCACUAAACUGUACCUUACCACUAACAGCAAGAACCCCUCAGGAAAAGGAAAGCUGCUGCUGAUUCCUCAAGGAGCCAUCCUGCGAGCUACCAACAACGCCAGCCUCCAGUCUGGCUCGCCUGCUGCUGGUGGCAGUGGCAGCAGCGGUGCUGGUGCAGGAGGGGGAGGCGGUGGCGGUAGCAGCGGAGCAGGAGGAACCCCAAGCACCACUGGCCCAGGAGGGGUGUCCCAGCACCUGACGUAUACAUCCUACAUCCUCAAGCAAACUCCCCAGGGUACAUUCUUAGUUGGCCAGCCAUCACCCCAAACACCUGGGAAACAGCUGACUACUGCAUCAGUUGUUCAAGGGACUCUGGGAGUCAGCUCAUCAUCUGCACAGGGACAGCAGACACUAAAAGUCAUCUCUGGACAGAAAACCACAUUGUUUACACAGGCAGCAGCUGCCGGGCAGGCGUCUCUGGUGAAGUUGCCUGACAACACCCUCAAGUCUGUGCCAGCUCCUUCACAGCUUGCCAAGCCUGGGACCACGAUGCUGCGGGUGGCAGGGGGCGUGAUCACAACUGCUCCCUCCCCUGCUGUGGCCUUCUCAGCAAAUGGCGCUGCACACCAGACUGAAGCAUCAGCUCCUGUUCCAUCUUCUGUUGCUCCUAUAAUCAAAACUCCUGGGCAGCCACAAGUAUGUGUAAGCCAGGCCACCAUGGGAACCUGCAAGGGCACAGCUCCCACUGCUGUCACUGCGGCAUCCCUGGUGUCCACACCAAGCUCCAUCUCCGGGAAGGCCACGGUGUCGGGAUUGUUGAAGAUUCAUUCUGGUCAGUCUAACCCCCAGCAGGCUGUCCUGACGAUCCCUAGCCAGCUCAAGCCACUAAGCAUCAACACCUCUGGUGGCGUGCAGACUGUCCUGAUGCCUGUUAACAAAGUGGUCCAGACAUUUUCUACCAGCAAAUUGCCGACUGUCCUGCCCAUAGGUGUCCCAAGUCCAGCUGCCCCCAGCCCUGCUCCAGCAGCAGUUACAAAAGUGAAGACUGAACCAGAAACUCCUGGGUCAAACUGUGUCUCACAGGAGAGCCAGGCAGCUGUGAAAACUGAAGAGAGCUCUGAGCUAAGCAACUACAUCGUUAACGUAGACCACUUGGAGACUAUCCAGCAGCUCCUGACAGCGGUAGUCAAGAAGAUUCCAUUAAUUACUGCGAAAGGUGAUGAUGCCAGCUGUUUCUCUGCAAAGUCUGUGGAGCAGUAUUACAGCUGGAACAUUGGGAAAAGGAGAGCUGCUGAGUGGCAAAGAGCAAUGACAGUACGAAAAGUGUUACAAGAAAUCCUGGAGAAGAAUCCGAGAUUCCACCACCUGGAGCCCCUGAAGACCAAGCAGAUUACUCACUGGUGCCGCUGCCAUGGUUACACCCCUCCAGACCCUGAGAGCCUGCGCAGUGAUGGGGACUCCAUUGAGGAUGUGCUCACCCAGAUUGACAGUGAGCCAGAGUGCUUGUCAUCCUUCUCCACUGCUGACGAUCUCUGUCGGAAGUUGGAGGAUCUGCAGCAGUUUCAGAAAAGGGAGCCUGAGAACGAGGAAGAAGUGGAUGUCCUCAGCCUGUCAGAGCCGCUGAAGACGAGCAUUAAAAAGGAGCAGGAAGAGAAGCAGGAGGAAAUGAGAUACUACCUGCCGCCAACCCCGGGCUCUGGAUUUGUUGGUGACAUUACACAGAAGAUCGGGAUCACCCUGCAGCCUGUGGCGCUGCACAAGAACAUGUAUGCCUCAGUUGUAGAGGACAUGAUUUUAAAGGCCACGGAGCAGCUGGUGAGUGACAUCCUGAGACAGGCGCUGGCAGUUGGAUACCAGACAGCGUCUCCCAACAGGAUUCCGAAAGAAAUCACAGUGAGUAAUAUUCAUCAGGCCAUUUGCAACAUCCCUUUUUUGGAUUUUCUCACUAACAAGCACAUGGGGAGACUGAACGAGGAUCAGUGAAAACUGUGAAGAUGGCCCCUGAAAAGCAGGGUGGGACCCUGUGUCUGAAGCAUGC